AUGGCGGAACACUUGGCAUCGAUAUUUGGGACGGAGAAGGACAGGGUGAAUUGUCCGUUCUACUUCAAGAUCGGCGCGUGUAGGCACGGCGAUCGGUGCUCUCGCCUCCACACGAAGCCGAGCAUAAGCCCCACCAUUCUGCUCUCCAACAUGUACCAACGCCCUGACAUGAUAACCCCUGGCGUCGACGCCCACGGCCAACCAAUCGACCCUCGCAAGAUCCAAGACCACUUCGAGGAGUUCUAUGAGGAUCUCUUCGAUGAGCUCUCCAAGUACGGUGAAAUUGAAAGCCUCAAUGUCUGCGACAACCUUGCCGAUCACAUGGUGGGGAAUGUGUACGUUCAGUUCAGAGAGGAGGAGCAUGCUGCUAAUGCUGUUAGGAACCUCACUGGAAGGUUUUAUGCCGGUAGGCCAAUUAUUGUGGAUUUUUCGCCGGUGACGGAUUUUCGAGAAGCUACUUGCAGGCAGUACGAGGAGAAUACUUGCAACCGUGGCGGUUAUUGCAACUUCAUGCAUUUGAAGAAAAUUAGCAGGGAUUUGAAGCACCAGUUGUUUGGGAAGCACCAUAGAAGGCACAGCAGAAGCAGGAGUCCUUACAGGCAUAGGAGCCACGAGGAGCGAUCCCAUCGUAGUCAUAGCAGGAAGUAUGAUGACAGGGACCACCACCAUGAAAGUCGCAGCAGGAGACACAGGAGCACGAGUCCAGGACAUAGAAGAGGAAGAAGUCGAAGUCCUGGACGGAGGAGGCACCGCAGUCCAGUUAGAGAUGGCAGUGAGGAGAGACGUGCCAGAAUUGAGCAGUGGAACAGGGAGAAGGAAGACCAAGAACCUGGAAAUAAGACUAAAGCUGAGGACAUAAAAAAUGGUAACAGUGGGCACUCUCAAAAUGCUAGCAAAUUUCAUGGGCAUCAGCAGCAUGAGCAGGAACAGCAAUCUCCAAAGGAGGGAUAUUGA